AUGGCGGCCGCAGCACCAGCUUCAGAUGAUCUGAAACCUGUGAAGCGGAGCAGCAGCUAUGGAUUGCUGCCACCCUCCAUGUCUGAGCUGAGGGUUGUUCUGCUGGGGAACAGCUGGUCUGAGAGGAGUUCAGUGGGGAACUUCAUACUGGGAGAGACUAAGUUCAACACUGAGGAAGAACCAGAUCGCUGUCUGAGAGAAAGAGGACGGUUGAAGAAGAAAAAAAUAGUUCUCAUCAACACCCCAGAUCUGUUGCAUCCCAACGUCUCUGAAGAGAAGCUGACAGAACAUGUGACAAACUGUGUGAAUCUCUGUGAUCCUGGACCUCAUGUGUUCCUGCUGGUUCUACAGCCUGAAGACUUCACUGAGGAACACAAACUGAGGCUCUGCAGAGUCCUGAAAGUCUUCAGUGAUCGAUCAUUUGAUCAUUCACUGGUUCUGAUAUCAACACCCAGAGAGGAGAGUCCAGGUUUGAUGGACAAAGAUGUUUCAGACCAGCCCUUAAAAGAUAUUAUUAGAAUGUGUAGAUACAGAUACUUGAAACAGGAGAACCUUGAACUUCCAGAGCUGUUAACACGUUUGGGUCAAACUGCAAAGGAGAACGAUGGAGAGAAUGUGAGCUGUGAAGUUUGUGAGGAUGCAGGUUUAAUCAUGACACCAAAGUCUGAACACAUCAAACCAGCUUUAAACCUGGUUCUGUGUGGGAGGAGAGGAGCAGGAAGGACUUCAGCAGCCAAGGCCAUUUUAGGUCAGACAGAGUUUCAUUCAGUCUCCAACUCAUCAGAGUGUGUUAAACAUCAGGGAGAGGUGUGUGGACGUUGGGUUUCCCUGGUGGAGCUGCCUGCCUUGUAUGGAAAACCUCAGGAGGCAGUGAUGGAGGAAUCACUCAGGUGUAUCUCCCUCUGUGAUCCUGAGGGCGUCCAUGUCUUCAUCCUGGUCCUACCUGUGGGUCCCCUCACUGAUGAAGACAAGGGAGAGUUAAAGACCAUCCAGAACACAUUCAGCUCUCGAGUCGAUGACUUCACCAUGAUUCUGUUCACUGUGGAGUCAGAUCCUGCAGCUCCAGCUGUUGUUAACUUUGUAAAGGAAAACAAGGACAUCCAGGAGCUCCGUCAGAGCUGUGGAGGAAGAUAUGUUGUUCUCAACAUCAAGGACGAGCAGCAGAUCCCAGAGCUGUUGGACAUGGUGGAAAAGAUGAGAGUUGAAGGAUCCAGAUGUUUCACAAAGGACAUGUUCACCAGGGCUCAGAUGGAGAAGGCUGUAGAGCAGGAGAACAUUAACACAAGACUUAAAGCUGAACUGCAGGAUGUUAAAAAGAAAAGUGAGAAAGGAAUAGAUGAUCACAGCAGAGAGCCUCUCAGGAUGGUGCUGGUUGGGAAGACUGGCAGUGGGAAGAGUGCAACAGGAAACACCAUUUUAGGCAAAGAACAUUUUAAAUCCCUCCAGAAGUAUGUCCCCAAGUCCUGUGAGAAAGCAACAGGAGAGAUUGAUGGACGGCCUGUCGCUGUGGUCGACACCCCCGCAUUGUUUGAUAAAACUUUGUCUGAUGAUGAAAUUCAACAGGAGCUCUACAAAUGCUUCAGCAUGUUGUCUCCUGGACCUCAUGUGUUCCUGCUGGUUCUGCAGAUUGGGGACUUUAAACAAGAGGAAAAAGACUCUGUGGAACUGAUCAAGAAAUAUUUUGGCAAGAAGUCUGGAGAUUUCAUCAUCGUUAUCCUCGCCAGAGGAGAUGAACUGGACGGUCAGUCAUUUGAUAUCGAAGACUGUGAUGGCUUUGUUAAAAAUCUCAUAGCUGACUGUGGAGGGAGAUACCAGGUGUUCCAUAACAAAGAUCACACAAAUCGCUCACAAGUCAGUGAGCUGAUGCUCAAGAUCGAAGCCAUGGGGAAGCAAAAUGGCGGCUGUUACAACACAGAGGAAUUCAUACAAAUGCAGGUGAAGAGGAUUUUGAAAGAGAAGGAAGAAGAGAUGAAGAGAGAGGAUGAAGACAUCAGGAGAAAACAUGAGGAAGAUUUGAAAACUUUGAAAAGGAAAGUCGACGAACAGCGUGAAGAAAUUGAACAGGAGAGAAAACUGAGAUCAAAACAGCUGAAGGACAAAGAUGAAUGCAUCAACAAGGAGCGUCAGGAGAGAAAGAAAGAACGGGAGGAAGAAGAAAGGAGAUGGAAAUUACAAGUAGAAACUCAGCGACAGGAAUGGAGAAGAAAACUGGAAACUUCAGAGAAAAUAGUUAAAUCAGAAAGAGAGCAAAGAGAAAAUGCUGAGAGGAAACUGGACCUGUGUAGAAAAGACAAUAAGAGAGAUCGAGACGCCUGGGACAAGGAAAGAAAGGACAUCUGGGAAAGAGUACAUCAGGAGGAUAAACAGAACCUGGAGGAGCUUAAAACAAGCUUCGGAAAGCUCCAAGAAGAGUACAAUCACAAGGGAGAGUUAAAGACCAUCCAGAACACAUUCAGCUCUCGAGUCGAUGACUUCACCAUGAUUCUGUUCACUGUGGAGUCAGAUCCUGCAGCUCCAGCUGUUGUUAACUUUCUAAAGGAAAACAAGGACAUCCAGGAGCUCCGUCAGAGCUGUGGAGGAAGAGAUGUUGUUCUCAACAUCAAGGACGAGCAGCAGAUCCCAGAGCUGCUGGACAUGGUGGAAAAGAUGAGAGUUGAAGGAUCCAGAUGUUUCACAAAGGACAUGUUCACCAGGGCUCUGAUGGAGAAGGCUGUAGAGCAGGAGAACAUUAACACAAGACUUAAAGCUGAACUGCAGGAUGUUAAAAAGAAAAGUGAGAAAGGAAUAGAUGAUCACAGCAGAGAGUGUCUCAGGAUGGUGCUGAUUGGGAAGACUGGCAGUGGGAAGAGUGCAACAGGAAACACCAUUUUAGGCAAAGAACAUUUCAAAUCCCUCCAGAAGACUGUCCCCAAGUCCUGUGAGAAAGCAACAGGAGAGAUUGAUGGACGGCCUGUCGCUGUGGUCGACACCCCCGCAAUGAUUAAAACAGCUUUCUAUGAUGAUGAAAUUCAACAGGAGCUCUACAAAUGCUUCAGCAUGUUGUCUCCUGGACAUCAUGAGUUCCUGCUGAUGCUGCAGAUUGUCUGGAUAUUUCAUCAUCGUUAUAGUCACCAGAGGAGAUGA